AUGCACAGACUGAAUCCUGACUGUUGGGUUUGGUCACCAAGACCUCCUCCGUGUCUCAUUCCUCAACAUUCAGGGAGCUUCACUUCGGCCGUGCUGAGACACCAAGAGGAAGAGGAGGAGGAGGAGGAGGAGGAGCAGGAAGAGGCAGGAGAGCAUCCUGCUGUUUGCUGCUACACUACAGGUUGUGAUCGUGUCAUCAGACAGGCUGCUGAUGCUCAGUGGUCCUCCUCCGAACCUGCCACCCACUCAGGGAUCCCCAGCAGCUCAGGCCUGGCUCGGCGGGGUCCAGGUGCUCCUUCCUCACAGCAUCCAAAAACACUGAUCCAUGCCGAUGGGGGAAACGAAUCGCGGCAUUUCGUUGGUGGUCAUUGCUGGGGUCAUCCAGGGAUGGAGACCCGGGGAUGUGUAUGUGUUUAUGGGCAGAGGGAACCAGAAGGUUUGGGUCCCAACUGGCCUGGAUCUCCAUAUGUCUACUAUGGAGUGAGGAGGAACCUGGUGGUUGGAGUGGAGGUGGUGGAGGAGGUUGCUGUUGAAGACACUCUGGAAGUAAUAACAGAGGACAUAUAUACAGAUGAUCUCCUGGAUCCGGAGCUGCUGCAACACACCCAGCUGUACCCCACAUGAGCCCAGAGUAACUUCCACUGUGUGCACUGUUAAUGAAGAUAUCAUUCUAAUAUAUUUGUCAAAUGUGUUGUAUUUUGUAUAUUUUUGCCUACUAUUGUUGUGUAGGUGUGUUUUUGACAUGCUGUUUGUCUUUUUUAUUUAUAAAUGAAUACCACUGUCAACUUUGAUUAA